UUCACAGGCCUAGGUAUUUUAAAACUUCCUCGUCUGACAAGUGCUUAUCAGGGUCGCUCUGUGCUUUGCGGGAAAAUUAUCUUGUUGGGAAGCCGUAAGUAAGUAACUUUCACGAUGAAGACAUUUCUGGCUAUGAGCUUCCUUGCACUUGGUAUCUGUCAGAUACAAACAGUUCUAUCCGUGACGCUGGAUAUCGCCAAUGGACAGACAACUGGGCCACCCCUAGUGGGAAUGUCUAUGAGCUCCACCUACACUGACCAGGGUGGUACCGGUCCUUGCAGUAAGGGCGUAGUGAUUAAGGUUGAUUUUUCCCAGUCGCCAUGUAAUAAUUCCAAUCAUCUUGAAUGCGGACACCGCACCCCUCAACUCGUAGUAGUGGUACAUCUCGACAGGGAGGGGUCACGUAGUGAUUGGAUAGUCAAUAUUGGCGACAGCAUCUCCAACAAUGGUCAUGGAGGGGAUGGAGGCCACAACGACAACGCGGCGGAGAUCCAGGCUGAAGCAACGGGUACGUAUGAUAUUACGUCAUGGAAGCGAGGCGGAAACGUCUGUCAAUUUGCUAAGGCGGCCUUCAAAGACUAUAACAUUGUCGGCCCUUCAGUCAACAACGUUACUUUCUACGUGGCCGACCGGUCGUAUCGCGUCACCAACGACCGGGGCAUCGACGCGACCCACUGUAGCGAGUGUCUGUUUGCCCUUGACGGUCAACCGGACACCAAGGGAGGGGAUCACCGCAUCAACUAUGAGAUCUACCUGUCCUUUAACAGGGUUAUCUCCAGUUCGAGCAGAAAAGGCCAUGGGGUGUGUUCCGUCGACCUGCAGUGGGAGUGUAAUCAGAUACCUCAAGACACUAGUUCAGCUCCGGACAUCUGUGGAGCUCCGAUGGAGAACAAACCCAAUACGAUUCUUACAAUUGUAGGAAUGGUGUGCUUUUUAUACAGCCAAACCCACGUUCUGUGGGUAGAAAACUAAAGUAUUGAACGAAACCUUUUUUUUAAUAUUCACGAUAUAAUUGCUCUUAUUGUUGUCGUGAGUUUAUUCUGCCUGGUCUUUAGUUAGAUAUUUCUACUUUGUGGGAAGAAUAUGUUAUCUCUGCUUGGUGUUCACCAUUCCCAUAACUGUUAUUGGUUUCACCAUUCCAAUACCUGCUAUAGGUUUCAUCACUCUCAUAACUUCCUUGGGUUGAAUCACUCCCAUAACCUCAAUGGGUUUAAUUACUCCGAUAACUUCUAUAGGUUUCAUCACUCCCAUAACUUCCAUGGGUUUAAUCUCUCCCAUAACUUAUAUAGGUUUAAUCUCUCCCAUAACUUCUAUAGGUUUAAUCACUCCCAUUACUUACAUGGCUUUAAUCACUCCCAUAACUUCUAUAGGUUUCAUCACUCCCAUAACUUCCAUGGGUUUAAUCUCUCCCAUAACUUAUAUAGGUUUAAUCUCUCCCAUAACUUCUAUAGGUUUAAUCAAUCCCAUAACUUCCAUGGCUUUAAUCUCUCCCAUAACCUCUAUAGGUUUAAUCACUCCCAUAACGUCCAUAGGUUUAGUCACUCCCAUAACGUCCAAAGGUUUCAUCACUCCCAUAACCUCCAUGGGUUUAAUCUUUCCCAUAACUUCUAUAGGUUUAAUCACUCCCAUAACUUCUAUAGGUUUAAGCGCUCCCAUAACGUCCAUAGGUUUAGUCACUCCAAUAACGUCCAAAGGUUUAAUCACUCCCAUCACAAACUGUAAUAACUGCUAUAAGGUUAAUCACAAACUGUAAUAACUGCUAUAGGUUUCUUCACAAACUGUUAAUGACUGCUAUAGAUUUCAUCACAAACUGUAAUAACUGCUAUAGGUUUCAUCACAAACUGUAAUAACUGGUAUAGGUUUCAACACAAACUGUAAUAACUGCUAUAAGGUUAAUCACAAACUGUAAUAACUGUUAUAAGUUUCAUCACAAACUGUAAUAACUGCUAUAGGGUUCAUCACAAACAGUAACAACUGCUAUAUGUUUCAUCACAAACUUUUAAUAACUGCU